AAACAGCGUGUGAAUGGAACCACACCCAACUUUUUUCCUUAAACCCUAAAUAUAAUAACCCAAUAAAGUAUAAAAGGGAAGGAUAGCUCAAAAACCCUACUAUCCGCCAUCACCCGUAGUCGCAAGCCCUUUUCUACCUCCUACUCAGAGACUGAUUAAGAGAGGAGAUAUGGGAAGUGAUAGCGAAGCGGAGAGGUCGCAGAAGCUGGAGAAGGACAAGAAGAAGAUGUUGGCUCUGUCUCCUAUUGCCAAGCCCCUUGCUGGUAAAAAGCUCUGCAAAAAAACCCUUAAGUUAGUUCGCAGAGCUGCUGAACACAAAUGCUUGAAGAGAGGAGUGAAGGAGGUGGUGAAAAGUAUUCGGCGGGGUCAUAAAGGGUUAUGUGUUAUAGCUGGGAACAUAUCUCCCAUAGAUGUAAUCACUCAUGUCCCAAUCUUGUGUGAGGAGGCUGACAUUCCCUAUAUAUAUGUUCCCUCAAAAGAGGAUCUUGCAAACGCAGGAGCCACCAAGAGACCUACAUGUUGUGUUCUGGUGUUAACCAAGCCUCCAAAGGGGGAACUAGACCAGGAGGAACAGGAGAAAUUAAAGGCAGAAUUGUCUCAGGUUUCAGCUGAUGUGUCUGAACUUACAUCCUCUCUUUUCUAGUGGAAAAAAUGACGGUUGUUGUAGUUUGGCUGAUGUAAUAUGCAGUUGUUAAUGUGAUUUCGUUGCGGUUGGAUGAUGUACCAAAGCUUUUGUUUCCCCUUAAUGGUAAUGGCUUUCUCCCCCUUAAAUUGCAA